CCACCCACAGCAGGAGGUCAUCUACCAACCAUAGCAACUUCUUCCCUCCUACGUACUUCCCGCGACUCCGCUCUUCGCUCUCCAGGUAUCCAAUGGCAGGACCCGGACUCCCACUCCCACUCACGCGACACCCGCAAACUCAACAUGUACCAAGCAGUACGCGACGCAAUGGCCACCGCGCUCAUCAAAGACGACACCUCCCUCGUAUUCGGGGAAGACGUCGCCUUCGGUGGGGUAUUCCGGUGCACCCUCAACCUAGCAGAAGAGUUCGGCAGGGAAAGAGUGUUCAACACCCCCUUGACAGAACAAGGCAUCGCGGGGUUCGCACUAGGGUUAGCAGCGAUGGGGCACACAGCGAUCGCAGAGAUCCAGUUUAGUGAUUAUAUAUUCCCGGCAUUCGACCAGCUUGUGAAUGAAGCUGCGAAGAUCAGGUACAGGACAGGAGGGGCGUAUGAUGUUGGAAGAGUCACCCUCCGUGCACCGUGUAUGAGCGUAGGUCAUGGAGGGUUGUAUCAUUCCCAGAGCCCGGAGGGGUUCUUCCUCGGUGCUCAGGGGCUUAAGGUCGUGAUCCCUCGAUCGCCGCUGCAGGCUAAAGGACUCUUGUUGGCCUCGAUCAGAGAUCCCAACCCUGUCAUAUUCCUCGAGCCUAAAAUCCUGUACCGUUCCACCAUCGAACAAGUCCCAACAGAAGACUACCACCUCCCGCUCUCCUCUGCCGAAGUCCUCAUCCCCGGCGAUUCGCUAACGCUCCUAUCCUACGGCACCCCGCUGUAUCACUGUGAGACCGCUCUCUCCCUCCUACGCUCUCCACCCCCGGAGCUGGAACAUCUUGUACCCCCUUCUCUCCGGUCUGCGAAAGUGGAACUGAUCGACUUGCGCACCAUAGUACCAUGGGACAUCGCCAGCAUAGUCGAGAGUGUGAACAAGACCCGCCGCCUGGUAAUAGUACACGAAGCGCCCUCCCUCGGCAGUAUAAGUUCCGAAAUCGCAGCCGAAGUGACCAAACGCUUGUUUUUGAAGCUUGAGGCGCCGGUGAGGAGAGUGACGGGUUGGGGAACGCCGGUGCCGUUGGCUUGGGAAGGACUUUGGGGGCCGGGGGAGGUGAGGGUGCUUGAUGCGGUGUUGGAGACGUUGAUGUAUUAG